AUGCCAAAACUAUACAGCUACAAAGAAAUUGCAGAACACAAUACUGAUACGGACAUCUGGAUAAUCAUUAACAACAAGGUCUACGACUGCAGUAAGUUCGUGGAUGAACACCCGGGUGGUGAUGAAAUCAUUGCUGAUUUAGGUGGUCAGGAUGCAACAGAGCCAUUCAUCGACAUCAAUCACUCUGAGGAUGCCAAGAAGAUGUUGGAGGAUCUAUAUAUCGGUGAUGUGGAUUUGAACAGCGAGCCUGUUUUCGUCUCAGAACCAGAUACCAUGACAACAACUGAUUCUGCGAACGAAGGAAACGGCAUAUUAUGGCUUGCAUUCAUUUUUGUCUUCUUAGCAGCUGCUUCAUACGGUUAUUAUCAAAAUAAAUGGUUCUAA